CAAUAGCUUUCUGUCCAAGUUCUAGCAACAGAGAUGCUGCGCGCACCGUCGCCUCCUGCCGUUGCUGGUAAUCGCACAGGGCCUGUAAAGGCUCCUCCCCGGCACCAAUUCCAUGGCCCACCGAGCAAAACAGCUGCAGCAUCCGCAUACUCGCUACACGUUCAUGAACUUUCGUUUUCUUCUGAGGAGGUGAUUAUAAAUCCGGACGUGUUUCCCUUCAUCGCCCUCCACGACGUCCUGGAGAUCAUCCCGCUCUCCUACAACUUUGCCUCCAGCAGCUCGCCUUCAUCGUCUCCCUCGGCCCACGCAUCUUCUUCCAUACCAUCAUCAGUAGAGAGGGUUGGAGAAAGUGGCUCAACAACGGGAGGGAACGACCUGGGAGGGCGAUCAGAGGGUAGCACGUCUGCGCACUUGAUGUCUCAAGCUCGAAACGGUGGUGAGGGCCUUGGGGACACAGAGAGCCCGGAGGAGGUCAUGCAGGGAGGAGGCUCUAGGCAUAAGAGCGAUUUCCAAUCGUCAUCAGAUGGCUCUAAGGACGUUCUUGGUCCUAACACGGGAAUGGCACCGGGGGAGAUGAUUAUACGGAAUAACACAGGAGGCCUCUCGGGAAGGCAAGCUAAUGAAAGCAGCAGCAGAAAAGGCUUCACCGAGGACAAGACGCUGGAGGGAGCUGAUGUGGGAAGGCCGCAGACUGGAGGAAAAGAGCACGAAGUAACCGGGGAGGGGAUCAUGGGGGGCAUCGGCAUGGGCCCUUCCCGCACAGACCGCCAAGCACGCGCAUCGCCGCCAUCUACCUCACUGACAUCGGAGGCGCCGACAGCAAGCAAAAGUGUCGAGCGCAGUUACAAGGGUAGUAGUAGCAGCAACAAUAUAUUUUUGCAAGUGACUUCCAUUCCUCCUGCGGGCAAGGUAGCACGGAUGCAGAUUUCGAUUCUCAAGUCUGUGGCAGAGGCCUUCGGUCUGCAUGCUUAUCAAGAGGUCCACAAGGCCGAGCCAAGCGAGGCUCGUUUGGAUUUUGUCGAGCUGGUUUUUAAAGACGACUUUAUUUCCCGCGCAGAUAUGUGGCGUUUCAAGCAGGCCAUCACCACCUCCUCGGGGGGCAAAGCGGCGUAUCUUGGACAACAUAUCAAUACGAUCGGCAUCCGUGCCCGCGUCAAAGAGCUUUCCCGAGGGGAGAGCUCAGUCUGUAGCGGCUUACUCACGGCGGAUACCAAGAUGACAUUUCGUAUACCUGGAAAAAUUCCUCUCAUUCGCACGCCUGCUGCUGGAAAACUGGCGGGCUCUUGACGUUUCGCAUUCCCUUUCUGUCGUCUUCUUUACCCGACUCUACUACCAUCCUCCCGCUUUCGCGGAUUCAUUUUCUGGCUCCGUCGCUCCUGGGAUGGAAGCAGCAGGGGGACAAAAAUCGGAAACAACGAAACAAACCACUGUCGCUCCUGGAAUGGAAGCAGCGGGGGGACAAAAAUCGGAAACAAAGGAGCAAAUCACUAGGGGAAAAGAAUCAUCCGACGCGAUCAGUCUUCCACGACCGGAGCGCACUAAACAAGUCCUUACCAACGCCCACUCCUCGUCCUUGUCAUCCUCAACACAUCCUGCACCUAGAUCGACCGAUGCACCUCCACACUUGCAUACUGAUCGCCCGUUCGAGCCUUUCAAUUCGUUCUCUCCUUUCUUGCCGCCCGCCACAGCAACAAUCGCCGCAUCUCCCCCCGUCAAGUCUCCCCCGCCGUCGUUCAGCUGGCAUCAGAAAGGGCCUGAGGGAGUCACAAGGUCUCGACAAUGCUCGCAAGACCCUGCUAUUUGUGCUUCCUCCUUCUCCCCGAAACCUCAGAUGGGAGGAUUAUUCAGCAGAAAUGAUGAGAGCAUCCAGUUCUCACAGGUCAACGGGACGCCUACUGCGUCUAAAAAAGGCCAUGGGGUUGGAAGCGCAAUUUAUGAAGACUUCUACAGGAUGGCAUUGGAAAAUGAAAGCCGGAUAGAGACUCAAAAAUUGUUGACGACCCUGAAAAAGGAAGCUCUAGCAUUUGCGAAGGUGCUACGGUGGAAAACAGCGCAAGGUUGGACAGGUGUGCCUGCGAAAGCAGCACGUGGCAAUUUUUUGGAGGCCAUCAAUGUGACGUUAAAUGUGCUUGAGAAGCACUACAUGGACAGGGACCUGACGCGUACCGGAAACAGUAUUUUGAUGAUAUCCCCUUCCACAGGCAUCAUUGAGGUGGAUUCGAAACUCUCUGACAUUACCAAGCAGCGUAUGAUGGAUGAUGGGAUAGGCAUGGAUCUGCUUUCGCUCGCCCAGCCGCCCCUCCAUAUUGUACCCCUCUUUAUUUGCAGGGACAAGUUCAACACGGAAAGAGAUAGCUCGCUCUUUGAAGUGCCUCACUGGAUGCAUAUCUCCUACUUUAACUCCGAAGGCCUCUCUACAACGGACAAUCCUCUUUCAUCUUUACUGCCUUCGACAAGCUCGUCCUCGUCCUCAUCCUUGCCUGCGUUCCAGCAGCGACAGAGUCCUUCCAUUCUUUCCGGUAGUUCCGAGGUGCCUUGGAGCAUGAGAACAGGGACAUAUGGUCCAAGGGGCAUAGAGGGAAUGGAAGGACUAUUGGAGGGAGUGAGAGAGAAAAGCAUUGUCCCCCCACCAUCUCUCGGUCCGUCACUACUCCCCAACGGCAUGGCUUUUAGGCAAGGAGGAAGAGACGGAGGACGUGAAGGGGGAGACUGCUGGUCUCAUCAACAUCAAGAACAUUUAGACUACCAUAUUUUGGCCAUGGCCAUGGACAAGCACCUUUUCCCAUCCUCCUUCCGCCCUCUUUCCCUUCCCUCUUUCUGGGCCACACAUGCUGCCCGAGGUUCCUCCCCUACCGACGACGCACCAACUAUACCUGGUGAACCCGUGUCCCCCUCCGUGCUUGCGUUGCCUCCUUGUCUUCCUCCAGCCCUGCAUGCCGCUCUCUUUGGUCCAAGUCUCGCUUCCCUCCCCCCCUUGGAGGACGUCGGAACGGAAACAGAGGGCAAACAGCGCGGGACUGGGAGAGAAGAGGCAUUUGAGGCCAAAGACAGAAAAGCGAGCAAGCGAAGUCAGCAUGAGCUGCCUCCCAGAUCUUGUUCUGCUAUCCCACCCUUGCGCCUUCAUCUGUGCCAAGCGUUAGGCGUGAGGGAGAGCACGGACUGGAGUAGUCAGAGUGAGACGCCUGAGAGGGCUCAACAGUCGGCUGGGCGCACCCCAUCUCGAAGUAGAAGUAUCGGCAGUGCUACAACUAGUGGCCUAGCCCUGCUCCCUCCCCUCGUUCCUCCUCUCAAGGCUGUAGGGAGAAGCCGGAGUGACGGUGCAUCCAAGGCAUUGCAACAAAAGCAAUCGAUGGCAGCGGGCGGUGAGCAAGGCAGCGGCAGAUUUUCAAAGCCCGCCACCCCUUAUCGCGAGCAGCCUGUUUUUUCUACACCUUCCGGGCUUAGUAAAGUUCUGCGAAAGGAGAACGAAGGAGGGAGAGUGGGAGUAUCAGACGAAAAAUACGCAUCAGAAACGUUGAAAAUGCUUGAAAAACGGCCAAAAGACAUCCUAGAGGCUAUGACACAACACGACCAGGCUGUUUUUCGGCCUUCAACUCCACCGCCCCUUUCUCGGCCACCGACAGCAAGCAGCAAAAGUUUGCCACCUCAUGAUGUAGGCAGCCUCAAUCGCAGCAGUAGCACGCAGAGCAUUGUCGACCUUCAGGCAGGCUCUCCUUCCUUACUUUCUUCUCUCGUACCCAAAAAUAAGUGGAACGGAAAUCACGGGGGAAAGGCACGUCCCAUCCCAGGAUCGUGGUCUCAUCACGAAGACCAGUAUCAACCGCUGCUCGAGGAAAGCCUGGAUCAUAGGCAGCAUGUGUGCUUGGAACGGCAGGAGCAUGGCAGGCUGCCUUUAUCAGUGUCAUCGACAAUGGGCCUUGACUGCUCGCCUCUUGGAAUGCGAUCCGCCUUUGUAGGCCAUUCGACAAUUGAAACUUCCUGCAAGCCUCCGUCAAGCACCACAAGUCUCACCUUUCUCUCUUCUUCGGCAACUGAAGACACUCCGCUUAUAAGAACGAACUCCUUGUGUAGCUCCAUGCAUCAAGCCGCUGGGCAGGUGGAAGACAGAUAUGAGCAAGGGCGGGAAGAACGAAAAGAGGCCGACAGGAAAGGCAUUCAAAUCCCCAAGCCAUCUCCCUCUUUCUCGGCUUUGUCGGCAGCUGCAACAACGCCUCCGACACGGGCUUCGGAUGGAGUAGAACUUGGUGGUUCGCCAGUUUCGAUGUCUUCCAAUCGACCCUUGUCGGGUGGACGCACGCCGAACAGCUCCAUUUUAGCCGGAAAGGAAGCGAUGAGGGAGCGUGGAAGGAGUAGUGGAAUAUUGCAUGCAUCUAUAAGUCGCAGCUCUCUGACCUCGCUUGGGAACUCGCACAAUUCACGCAGUCACCAUUCUUUCCCCAGUCAACCCUCCUCCACAACUGCCGGUUUGGGAUAUUCGUCGAGUGGAGGGGCUACAGGAGGAGGACCUGUGGGGUUAAGGGAUAAGGCGGGCACCAUCAACCCAUUUCGACGGGAAGACGAGGCAGAGCUGCUUCAGAAGCGAACGCACAACCAUCGACGGUGGUCCCACGUCUUCCCCCCGGGCGAGGUGGAGUUUAAGCACUCCCCAGGCCCCAACUGGAAAAGCCUUUGCCAACCCGCAAUCCUUCCGUUGACGACGGAUUACCUGCCCACGCCAGAGCAAUUGCGGAAGGAUUACACUGAGAGCUUCUAUACCCUCAUGCUGCCUGAGGGAGAUGACAGUCCCAAGGCAACCACACCUUCAGGUACUGGCAACAGUCAUGCGCAGGCAAUGUGUCGCUCACAUGCUGAUCUUUUGGAGGAAAUGGUCUGCCAGCGCCUCGCGCAAGACUUUCAACUUGUUGAGACGAGUCCUGGUAGCCCAGCAGCGAGUCUCCUCCGGCUCUUUGGCGCCCUGCCAGGAGGAGGGGCGGGAGGAAUUGGAGUGGGAAGGAAAGGGCGGGAGGGAGGUGGGAAACGCGCCGUGUACACUUUGAGCAUGGGUCACCGCAUUCAUGUCCUGUCUUAUGACGAAUCAACGCGGCAGGUGGACGUGAAGCACUUCCUGGAUAGACAAGGAAGCAACGCGAAUUCGCCUCAAAAUCAUCACCGAUACCGAUACCAGAUAUGGGUCCCUCAUACUGGUCGCUUCCAGGCAGUGACGCAAGAUUUUUACCGCUUCCCGACGCCGGAAUACAAGUGGAACUAUGUUGACGAACUUAUUUGUGGCUAUAACGAUGCUCCAGAGGACCUUCUGCGACCAGAGACAAAGUACAGGCGGAAGCUGUACGCCAUGUGCCGCCAAACAGAGGACGACAACGAAGAAGAUUUCAUACAGAGGGUUCAAGAGCUACUUGGGCAUGUGAAUCGGCGUCGUCUCAAGGGUAGUCCUCCGUUGGAUGUGAUAAGUCGGGGCUUUCCGGAAAAAGAAGACCAGCUGAGAAGGGGAGGAAACAAAGAGAUGGUCAAUGAGAGUAGACGAUCGAAUGCAAUUAUGGCUGCACACAUCCCUCUGCCAUCGGUGGGGCCUCAGAGCACGCGGCAAGAGUGGCUUGUGCUGUCCUGCGAUAAGCUCCUCGAUCCUUGCCGUGCCUUCCAUCUGGACAUUAAUUGGCUUGUUUGCUCAGCCAAAAAUGCUCGAGACUUCGUCGCAGCUCUUCUGAGGAAAGCGCAGCAGCUGGGACUGCAUUUGGUGCCACUGCCUGAGUAUUCUCGCUCCUCAAACUUGAACGUACACCCUUUCCUGGCCCAUCCAUUUGUUGCCAUCUACCCUCCAGCACUGCUCCGUAUCUGCGAGGAGGCCCUAAUUCAGCUCUUCGGUUUUGUGCGAGACGACGAACGAAAGACGAAUUGGCGUGAAGUUUACUUGCUCGAGGAUAGAAAAGAGGGACGGGAAUGCGUUAGUGCACUAGCCACUUCGUUGCAUGAACAGCAGGCGCUACAGGAGGCGAAUCAAUCGGUGACCCAAAGGUCGAUGGGAAGUGGGAUAAGGAGGAAAGGAUGCGCUGACCGUCAGUACUACCAUCGAUCGGGCGCUGUCUUCGUCCGAGUGGCCGCUUCUGCAGGUUUCGCUUGGUUGCACAACCACCUUCUUAAUCAGCAACACGCGCAGCAAGUCCAACAGCAGUAUCAGCGGGAAAUGCGAGAGCAGCUACAUGAAGAGUAUCAUCAUCAGCAGCACCUGGAGCAAGAUCUUCAACGUAUUUAUCGUCCGCACAGGAAUUUAGGAAUUGGGGCUGGUUGGGAGGAUGCGCUGCACCGCUUUGAAACAUACUGCCGUGAUGCGGCGUUUUGCUAUGAUUUGGUGCAAGAGAUGCUAGCGAUUGCAGUUAUGAGCAUUGCGGAAAGGGAGGCUUACUAUGCGGAGUGUCAAGGGCAGAUGAACAGUGAACACAGCCCGUUCAGAGACGCUGGUCUCAUCAAAUCCUCAAGGCCUUUGACGAGGAAGAACGACGCUCUCCCUUCCUCCAUUUAAAUCUUUCAAUCGAUGAUGAGGAUGCUAAAAAGUGGCGUUUUAUGCCGAUGAAAAGGAGCUCGUGUGUACAAGUGUAGCUCAUAGAGAAGCUCGGCUUAAAGCGCGACGAGUACAAGAAAGUGAUAUUAUUAGCGAUGCAUUCUAAAUAGCCAGGAUGUAUAGAUGACUGGAUUUGUAGAGUUGGAUGUGUACACACCCAAAAAAAAGAAAACAGAGCAAUCUGUGAAGCCGCAUUCAAAACUAUGUUUACACUCUUGGGUCUUCU